CAAAAGACACUAGCCAUUAUUAAACCUGAUGCAUACCACGCCAAGGACAGAAUCAUCGAGCGUAUCCGACAAGAAGGAUUCACGAUCGUUCAAGAAAGAGAAAUCACCUUGACAGAGGAAACAGCUAGACUCUUUUACAAAGAACACGAAGCUAAACCAUUCUAUGAGGAUGUUGUAAAGUGGAUAAGCAGUUCGCCCAUUUAUGCGAUGGUUCUCGAAAAGGAAGACGCUGUGCAGUCAUGGAGACUACUCAUAGGCCCAACAGAUUCAAAUAAAGCCAAGGCAACUGAGCAAAAUAGUAUCCGAGCUCUCUUUGGUACAGACGCGUUACAUAAUGCCGUACAUGGGAGCGACUGCCAUACAAGUGCAGAAAGAGAAAUCAAUCUCUUGUUU